UUUACUUCAAGUAUUUAGUCCUAUCUGAUCGAUCAUUAAACAAACUUACGAGAGAUAAGACUACAAAGGUUGAUGGUAAAAUAUUUUUUCUGCUAAAAAAUCCUCCGGGUUGGAGCUUGUGUUGAAAUGUGAAAUAUCGAUCGGGCGCAGGACGAAUAACUAGGACAAAUCCUUUGUAACAUUCCCGACUCCGUUCAACUCUUCAACCUUACCACCGAUGGGCCCCAAAACCUGACCCACUGAUCUUGAACGCGCUAUAUUAAUCCUUUCCGUUGUUCAUGGCCCCCACACCGGAAAUCAAAGUCCCCAUCAUCUGGGUGUUAGGCGGUCCAGGCUCGGGCAAAGGCACCCAGUGCGAGAAAAUCGUCGCGAAAUAUGGCUUCACUCACUUAUCGUCCGGCGAUUUGCUGCGAAAUGAAGUGGCCAGCGGCUCGCCAAGAGGCAAAGAACUGACGGCGAUUAUGGAGCGUGGAGAGCUGGUGCCGAUGGAAGUGGUUCUCGAUUUGCUGAAAGAGGCGAUUUUGAAGUGUUUGCCCAGCUCUAAGGGGUUUCUCAUCGAUGGGUAUCCGAGGGAAAAGGAACAAGGGAUCAUGUUUGAGCAGAAAAUUGCGCCGGUCAACAUCGUCCUGUUCUUUGACGCCUCGGAGCAAACGCUAGUCGAUAGGUUGCUGGGAAGAGCCAAAACUUCGGGGAGAGUGGACGACAAUGAGGAGACCAUCAAGAAGAGGUUGCACACUUUUAACACGCAUAACGACCAAGUCGUGCAACAGUACACGGCCAAGCUCAAAAAAAUCAACGCUGAGCGAGGCGCGGACGAGAUCUUCACCGAAGUACAAACCUAUCUGGACCCUCUGGUCAAAUAGAAAUCUGUUGAAUCUGUUACUGUUAAUUAUUUAUUCGCAAUAAAGAUUAAUCAAUUAA